CAGAGACGAGUGCACACAGCAGUACAGCACCCUUUCACUGAGCUGUAACCUCUAGCUAGUACCAGGGUUUAAUCCAAGGCUUGUUUGGAUUCGAAAUAGACCGGAGCAAACGAACGAUGGCGUUUUGGUGGCCUCUGGUUGUUAUCGCUUUCGCUUUCGCGAUCUGCAAAUUACUCCUCAUGCUCAUUCCUUCCAAUGUACCUUCGAUUGACGUUGACAUCUCUGAUGAGAUGAGUAGUCUCUUGUUUCUAGCUAAUUCGUUAUGUAUGACUUUGUUGGUGGCAGUCGUGGAUGAUGGGAAUCAAACGAAGGAAAACAGCUUCAUCUAUAUACCUUCGCGAAGACAGACAGAUAAAGUCCAAUGCUAUGAACCUGCAACAAUGAAAUACCUGGGCUUUUUUCCUGCAUUGAAACCAGAUGAGGUUAAGGAGCGUGUUUCACUGGCGAGGAAGGCUCAAAAGGUGUGGGCAAAAAGUAGCUUCAAACAAAGGCGCCAGUUCCUGAGGAUACUUCUAAAGUACAUCAUUGAACACCAGGAGCUUAUAUGCGAGGUUUCAUCGCGUGACACUGGAAAGACCAUGGUUGAUGCGUCUUUGGGAGAAAUUAUGACAACCUGUGAGAAAAUCACCUGGCUUCUUUCUGAGGGUGAAAAGUGGCUGAAACCCGAACACAGAUCAUGUGGAAGAUCAAUGCUUCACAAGACAGCCAGAGUGGAAUUUCAUCCGCUUGGUGUAAUUGGAGCCAUUGUUUCGUGGAACUAUCCAUUUCACAACAUAUUUAACCCAAUGUUGGCUGCAGUAUUCUCAGGGAACAGUAUUGUGAUUAAGGUUUCAGAACAUGCGAGUUGGUCAGGAUGUUUCUAUUUGCGUAUAAUACAAGCCGCCCUUGCUGCUGUUGGAGCACCAGAAAAUCUGGUUGAGGUCAUAACAGGGUUUGCUGAGACAGGAGAAGCCUUGGUGUCUUCAGUUGACAAGAUGAUUUUUGUUGGGUCACCUGGUGUCGGGAAAAUGAUAAUGAGGAAAGCUGCGGAUACAUUGAUACCGGUUACUCUUGAGCUCGGUGGGAAAGAUGCCUUUAUUGUCUGUGAAGAUGUUGAUGUGCCGCAUGUUGCACAAAUUGCUGUAAGGGGUGCUCUGCAAUCAAGUGGGCAAAAUUGUGCUGGUGCUGAGAGGUUCUAUGUUCACAAGGACAUCUAUACCUCGUUUAUUGCUGAAGUUGUCAGAAUUGUAAAAUCUGUUACUGCUGGUCCUCCACUCAUUGGGAAAUACGACAUGGGAGCAAUAUGCAUGCAAGAGCAUUCUGAGAAGCUCCAGAGUCUGGUAAACGAUGCACUCAACAAAGGAGCUGAAAUUGUUGGCCGAGGAAGUGUUGGGAAUAUUGGUGAAGGAGCAGUCGAUCAGUACUUCCCUCCCACUGUAAUUGUAAAUGUCAACCACAGCAUGAAAUUGAUGCAAGACGAGGCUUUUGGACCAAUUAUGCCGAUCAUGAAAUUCAGUACUGAUGAAGAGGCCGUCAAACUGGCAAACGACUCGAAGUAUGGGCUUGGGUGUGCUGUGUUUUCAGGCAGCCAGAAGCGGGCCAGAGAAAUAGCUUCUCAGUUACACUGUGGCAUUGCUGCUGUUAAUGAUUUUGCAGCAAGCUACAUGUGUCAGUCUCUUCCCUUUGGUGGUGUAAAAGACAGUGGAUUUGGAAGGUUUGCUGGCAUUGAGGGUUUGCGAGCUUGCUGUCUUGUAAAAUCCGUGGUGGAGGACCGUUGGUGGCCACUUGUCAAGACUAAGAUCCCUAAGCCUAUUCAGUACCCCAUCUCGGAAAACGGCUUUGAAUUCCAAAAAUCACUUGUGGAGGCAUUGUACGGGCUAAACGUGGGGGACCGUGUGCGGGCAUUGGUGGAUGUUUUGAAGAUGCUUUCCGAACCAAAUGCUUCCAAGUCCAGUAAGCGAAAGGACUAAAACAACUGCCACUCGGCUGCACAUAAUCUGUAGAUCUCUAAGGUAAGCUUAGUCUUUUGGUAUGACAUAUUGGACUUUUGGGUCCUGAAUGAAUAUAUUCUGGCUAAUGUGGAACUGUAAUGAAUUGGAACGACCACUCCUCUAUGUACCAGGAAUUGAUUCUUAAUCUAACAAUUACUUGGGUAGAAAAUGUCUGUUGGUUACUAUGGGGUAUCAGGAAAUGAAAAACUCGACUUCCGAGAAUCUGAUUCGUAAUUCAGUUCCUACUCGGAUAAUGAAUGCAUUAAAUCUUCUACUGGUUCACUUCCAUUUUCGCACGUGAUAGAUUUGGUUCUUCUAUUUUCAUUAGUGUCCUCUUAAUAUGUCAUGAAACCGCCAAACAUCAAAUGGGAGAGUCCGGAUCUAGAGAGGGAAAGGAGUUUACUACACUUUACAUCCCUAGUCAAGUCAUUAUGGCGGGAUUAUUUUUCUUAUUCUCUUUUUGGUAAGCCUGUUUUGGCACGAGAGAGAAACGUCUUGCCAACACGUUUUAAUCAUUUAAAAGAUGAAAUUGUG